UAAUAUUAUUAUUAUUUUUAAAAAAUUUUGUUUCUAGUCAUAGCCAUGGUCGAUUCCCCAUUGCUGGAAUGGGUCGAGAAUCGCAGGGAGACGACAUGGGAUGCUUUCUUUACGGAGGCGAAGACUGUUGGGCUCUUAGCGGUCCCAUUGGCUGCUAUCAAUCUGUCUCAGUUCUUGAUACAGACUGGUUCUUUAAUGAUUGUAGGUCAUAUCGAUGAACUCGCUCUCUCAAGCACCGCCAUAGCCGUCUCUUUAGCUGCUGUUACAGGAUUCAGUGUGCUUAUAGGCAUGGCUAGUGCACUUGAAACACUAUGUGGGCAAGCUUAUGGGGCAGGACAAUAUCAAAAAUUUGGAAAUCAUGUUUACUCUGCUAUAUUGUGUCUGCUGCUUGUUUGCCUCCCUAUAACUUUGUUAUGGAUCAACAUUGGGAAGCUACUUGUUUUGGUUGGCCAAGAUCCUGUGAUAUCACGUGAAGUUGGGAGGUUCAUGAUUUGGCUUAUUCCUGCGCUCUUCGCUUACGCAUUUCUACAUCCACUUAUGAGAUAUUAUCAGAUGCAAGUUUUUGUUCUUCCCAUGCUCCUAUUUAGUUGGAUUACCUUUUGUUUGCACAUACCUCUCUGUUGGGUUUUGGUGUUUAAAACUGGACUCAAAAACCUUGGUGGAGCUUUAGCCAUAAGUAUUUCAUAUUGGUUGAAUGUGAUUCUUCUUGCUUUAUAUAUGAAAUUUUCCCCCAAGUGUGAAAAAACUCGCGGUGUUGUGUCUAUGGAGCUGUUCAAAGGAAUUGGACUCUUCCUUCACUUCGCUGUCCCUUCUGCAGUCAUGACUUGCCUUAGUUGGUGGUCAUUUGAGCUGAUUAUCUUAUUGGCUGGGCUUCUGCCAAAUCCAGAGCUGGAGUCUUCAGUUCUAUCUGUUUGCUUCAAUACCAUGACAACAAUAUUUACAAUAGCAUAUGGAAUCGGCAGUUCUGGCAGUACCAGAGUUUCAAAUGAAUUAGGAGCUGGGAAGCCGCAAGCUGCUCGUGUAGCUGCUGGAGCAUCGAUAUUUCUUGCAGUUGUGUCGAUCAUCAUAGUGAGCAUGGUUCUGUUCGCUCUUCGACAUGUUUUUGGUUAUGCCUUCAGCAGCGAUAGAGAAGUUGUGGAUUAUGUUGCUGUCAUGGCUCCCUUAGUUUGUAUAUCAAUCAUUUUUGAUGCCAUUCAAGGGGUUGUUUCUGGCAUUAUAAGAGGAUGUGGUUGGCAGCGUGUUGGGGCUUAUAUAAACUUAGGGGCUUAUUAUCUCUGUGGAAAUCCAGCUGCUUUAGCUCUUGGUUUCUUGGCAAAUCUGAGAGGGAGGGGCCUGUGGAUUGGCAUCCAAAGCGGCGCUUUCGUGCAGAUGCUUCUACUCGCGAUCGUCAUGAGCCGUGUAAAUUGGGAAAAACAGGCAGAUGAAGCAAGGGAGAGGAUGUUUGAAGACAAAGGGCUUGGAAAUAAAUAUGAGGCGCCAAGUGCUUGAAUGCUGAUUCUGUGUUCUGUGCUACAUGAGAUAUUAGAAGAAUAUUUGAUGCAAAGACCCACACCCAUUGGUUACUUAACUUUGAUUUGAAGCCAUUGGAGCCAGCACUGCUUCGGUCCAGCUCUUAAUUGUUGUGUGCACGUUUGAGAGUGGUCUCGCUAAAUUUUG